AUGCCUGAAGUUGACAACAAUUCUAGUGGGUCUGGCUCCCAGCCACCCUCUCCGACACCGGCAUCUGGAUAUUUUCGCUCUCUGAGCCCGCCCUCACCAGACGUUGACCACUUCGACACUGCCGCUGAUUCGCCUGGUGGUUGGCCCGAACCAACGGAGUACGCCGGCACAAGCGAACCAUCUAGUCCACUUCCAGACUUUGACGAUAGGGAAUCUGUACCUCGCUUCUGCACUUUCCCUAUCCCGGGUUCUUUUGUUGGUACACCGCCACCCAGCCCUGAGCAUCAGGCCGUAGGCCAGCGAGUGUUAGAGGGGAGUCCUGGACCCGUGACGCCAGACAAGCAGUCGCAGUCGUUCAAGUUUGAGUUCAAGACUACGCCAGUUGCUAAGAAGCCAUCGAACUCGCAGCCGAACUCCGUCGGGUCUAUCCAAGGGCGCGAGCAUCUGGAAUCACUGCGCGGCGACUACGCUGCCGAUAUGGAAGACAAGACGGCGCAAGUUAGUCUUGACGUAUUCAUGCGGGAGUUCGUCCCUGGGCCAGACCCUCCACCGGACCUCACCGUGGAGGCGUUCGACCCCGCUAAAUUCCAGCGUCAGGAGCAGGCUAUGUAUGGCGAAUUGUGUAAGGUCGCGAACUCGGUCUUCAGCCACGUACCCGUCCAAGCCGAAUCCCAGAGGCUUGUGGCAAAGGACACGCACAGGUGGUCUGACCCUACAGACGAGUAUGACUUCGAGGAGAAUAUGCGACCGGACGUGAUGUUCUAUCCUUCGCACGACGACGCGCAACGAGCGUUUGCUAUCAAGUCGACCACUACCGCGAAUGACGAAGGGCCAGAGGAGAAGGCACUUCGCAAGAACAGGGCCAGGACGGCCUGGCUGUGGGCGACUCUGUGCAUCGAGGCGAAGGCCGAUGAUGGACAUUCUCCGUUCGUCAUCCCAGACUCGAUGAAGGAGACGAAGAGUGAGAAGAAGACAGAGGCAAAGAAGAAAAGGUCUGGUCGCAAGACGGCAGCGCAGCCCGCGACCAAUCCCGAUACACUGGUCUCAUCGACCAGUCAGACGAGCCAAGCCCCAUCUAUGUCGGCCUCAGCCACCGCAGGGCCGUCCACGGCGCCUCAAACACCCUCUACGCCGUCAUUGGCGCCUUCGUUGAUGCAGGCCUCUGCGACCGCUAGCUCCGCCCAGUAUACCUCGCCGCCCUUUUUGCGACUGAACACGAAGGACGGUGCGCAAACGAUGGGACAAAUGGCCCAUUACGUGUCCAAGAUUCUGCGAAGACAAUUCCUUGUCUUUUUCUUCACGAUAUUCACUUGCCGCGACCUCGCGUGGCUGCUCCGCUGGGAUCGCGCAGGACUCGUCGUGUCCGAGCCGUUCAAUUUCGUUCAGCAACCGCACCUCAUGCACUCGUUCCUCUAUCGAUUCGCUUGUAUGGACGACGUGCGCCGAGGUUGCGACCCGACUGUGAAACGGGCGACCGAGACGGAAGCCAAGCCCAUGCGCAGUUACGAUAAAUUCGACUCUGCCACUGACUGGCUCAAGGUCGAGUUCACGGCCACGAUGAGGCCAGAUUGGCCGAUUUACAAGAUCUCCGUCCCGGAGGAGGACAUGGUAUCGGCGGCUGAGCUCGAGGACGGAAAAAAGGCGGCGAAGGACGCGUCCAAAUCGGCAAGUGGACGCGUGCGCGAGUUCCUUGUUGGCGCACCGUAUUUCAUGAACAGUUCGGUCACUGGGCGGGCGACGCGAUGUCACAUUGCCUAUGAUGUCGCCGAACAGCGGCUUGUAUUCUGCAAGGAGUAUUGGCGUGUAGACACGCUGACGUCGCAUCCGGAGGGGGCUGUAUAUCUACGCCUGCAUAGCAAAGGCGUGAGGUACAUAGCGACGCCGAUCGCAGCUGGCGAUGUGCGUCACGAGGGCGGCAGUACGCAUCAGACGCGCUCGCAGGAGUUUAUUGCAAAACCGGGCCCAAAGCUCGUUCAAUACCGUCUUUUCUUGCGGGAGAUCGGUCAACCCCUCAGAGACUACGAAGAUUCGCUCCACCUGGUCGAGAUUCUGUAUUACUGUUUGCAAGCGCACGAAGACGCGUGGCUUCUAGCUGGCAUCUUGCACCGGGACAUCAGUGCCGAGAACCUGCUUAUAUACUGGUACAUGGAGAAUAACGAACUCAAAUGCAAGGCAUUGCUGGUCGAUUGGGGGUUAUGCAAGUAUCUCGAAGAGAUGGAACAGCCUAUCGUUAGAAAGUCUCGCUCCGGUACAUGGCAGUUCAUAUCUGCUGUGUUGCUGGUCUAUCCAGGAACCUUCCCACAUGAAGUGUGGCACGACCUGGAGUCGUUCAUCCACGUUCUACAUUGGAUGUGCUUGCGGUUCCAAAAUACGGAUUACUCAGAGAAUCCCGUAAGGCUGCGACGACUCGUCUCCAGCAUCUACGAAUCAAGUGAAGGGGCAGUGCGUGGGAUUUCAACGGGCGGAUUCGAGAAGAUGAAACUCAUGCAAGAGGGGCGUGUACCGUUCGCGCUUGUCGGGGGCUCUGCAGGAGAGCGAUCGCCCGGCCUCCACACGCUCUUGCUUAAGCUUGCUGCUCUGUACAAGGAACACUACAGGUGGUUCAAGCCAAAGCUCCCCGCCUCCGCCUCCGCCUCCGCCAAGUCGCAGACGGCCAAAGCACCUCAAUCAAGGCGUCGUCAGAUUCCCUUGCCAACUCGGAUCGCGACAUCGAUCUGGCACCCCAAAGGUGCCACGACAGAAGAGGAGCCCGCAAAGGCCGUCCUCAGAACUCACACAAACAUCUUGAUGGCGUUCGAGGAAGGGCUGAGCGACAUGGCCGCAUGGAUUAUUGACGAGAAGACCGAGGAUCAGUUUGCAUACGAGAACAGUUACCUGGAGCAGCAAAAGAAGAAGUCAAGGGAGGCCUCCAGACGUAUUUCGGAGGAGGAGACCUCCGUAGAAGACAAACCUCGAAAGCACGGCAGAAGCGACACAAAUGCGAUGCCCACGUCAUCCGCGUCUCAAAUGGGCUCAAUCGCAGAGAUUAUUGAAGGCUAGUAAGUCAGUGUGGAUCAUAUACGACGCCUUCAUUUCGGACUGUUCGCGUGCGUGUUCUUGACGGGCUUGUA